CACAGCUGCAGGUGUAAACGUCACGGCCCCCUUAGAUUUUCUACUACGGUUUUCCACCACACGUUUCCAUAGCCACCAACCCAGGUUGUGGAGAUGUGACAGAUUGCUUGUUCGUGUGUGUGUGUGGGUAUGUGAAAAUUGAAUUCGUAGUGCCUCCUGCAGUGAAUAUCCUUUUUUGCCGAUAUUCUUGAAAUUACUCUGGAAGAUUCGCGACUAGCGGUGUGGAGAGGUUCAAGGAUUUACGUUCAGCAAUUCUGGAUUGUGUUUGCAAAGGAUAAUGAAGUGUUUUUCAUUGGGAAAUUGAUCAAAGAUAGCCAAGUAUCCUUCGGAAGGUGCCAAGCUCAAGGCUGACUGGAUUACUCGUUUUACGUGCGAUUGUGUCGGUGUGUGAGGAGUAGGAAAACAAACAACAAGAGAAGAAGAAAAUGGCCAUGGUCUUCGCGCGGUAGAGGCAGUGCAGUGUUUUGGUACAGUGAAGAUGCUGCGUGUCGGGACGAUAUCUAUCUAGCUAUCACAACAGGUGCACAGCUUCGUUAGUGGCUCAUCUGGUCCUUUUGGGUACUCGAUGUCCUGAGAGGAAAAACACCUGGCAAUUAUCGCAUUUUAUCGAGAGCGACAAUAAAGGCAAAAACGCGUUUUUGUUCUUGCCUUGAGGUGAAGGUGGUUCAACAAGGCUCAGCAAAAAGUUGUAGGAUAAUAAAGUGACCAAUCUUGUUCAAGGCUAAAAGGACAGGAUGGUCAGGUUUGGCUGCUGAUUGGAGUUGAUCUUGUUUCAGGGUUGAUGCUGUUGCCGGGAUUAUCGUUAGAAUUAUACACACAUGCGAAGAUCGCGUCGCGGGAGCAAACUGCGCUGAAUGAAUGAAAUCGCGGUCUACCACAACCACUGAAUAUGAUGGAGUCGUCCAUCACUUCAACAGCUUCACCAAGCGGUUAAAAUUCCACCAGGACUUUCCAGCAGCGAUUCCUGGCAGCUAGGCUAGGCUAUCAAAUUAUCGCAGAAGUCGCCCACGCAACGACAAGUUUCUGCUGCGUGGUUGGUUGGCCGUUAAAAAGACCAUCAAGAGCUUGUAAUUGGGGAAAACGACUGUUUCUUGCCGUUCUCUUUAAAUUUGGCAUUUACAGAAGUGAAAUGGAAGUAAACACAAAAUAUAAGUGACGAAAAUAGGCCAACUCCCCCUACAUUGAGUCAGAGUUGGGGCUGAUUUGGGUGGUUUAGGGGGUGGUUCUAUAUGAGAACUUACGCCGUGCAAUCUGUAUCUGAAAACAAGGAGGCAAAAAGAAAAGACGAAAGCUCUCUGUAUCAUUCGAGUCACGCGACUUUUGAUCCGACCAAACUAGAGUAGCGUAAAGAGUGUCCUUGCGGGGGUGUGGGUGGACACAUUACGACGAAAAUGGGAAGCUUGCCAAAUUUGAACGAGCUGACGACGGAGCGGUUGGAGCGCCGGUUGGAGGAACGGGAACGGAUGCAGGCCCGCGAACGGAUCAUCGAACGGGACUUUGCCCGGGACCAACGGGACGGCGGCGGCGGAGCGGGACUGCGCGGGCUGGACCGACCGGUCUUUGUGCACCAGCAACAGAUCGCCGCCGCCAGAACUUUCUUCCAGCAAAAAUGCCCUCCCUCGGCCCGGAAGGUGAUGCGAACGCGAAGUUCUGGCCAGGCCCACCACAUCUGGGACGAUCCGUUGAUCGAGCAAUUCAUCACCAACUACUCACCUGCCUCGUCGCGUAGCCAUCGCCUUGCGGUGGCCCCUCCCCUGGCCUACGGCUACCCCUUCCAGAGUUCAACCCUGGGCAAUCGGAGGCGUGACUCGGUCAACAGUUCGAUUGGGGCGACUUCGGUGCGCCGACUGCUGACCGUGAACAACCGCAGCUACGGGUGCCGGCACAAGAUUCCAACGCACGUGCGGACCAAGGUCACGAAGAACUUUAUUCUGCUCACGAUCGCCCACGGGUUGUUGUGUAUGGUGUUGGUUCCGCUGCUGGGGCUGCAGGCUUCGAAUUCCACCUGGUUCGUGCAGGAAGCGUGGCUGCCGAUGGGACCGGACGUCGGUUCGGCGCUGCUCAGUUUGGCCUGCAUCGUGACGGCGCUGAUGUGCCUGGUGACGACCAAGAUCCUGAGGAGGUUUGGGUACUCGAUCGUGCUGGCACUGGUUUACGGUGGGCUUUGUGUGUUCUUGGCGGCGCAUAUCUAUCCGGUGCUGGUUUCGCUGGUUCCCGGGUAUUUGAUUCUGGGGCUUGUUCUUGGACCGUCUGUGAUCUGCAAGCAAACGCUGGUGGUGUCGAUGGCUGGCAAGUUGAGCUGUUCACAGCCGGAAUGUGGGGGGAACAGCAUGGCCGGUAUCAACGCGGACAGUUUCGAUGAUCACAAGUUGCUGUGUGGAAAGGACGAAACUAUUCGAAGGUUGGGACGAUGGUACAAAGCUGCCGGGGAUUUCGGGAUCAUCCUGGGAACGGUCAUAGCUUCUUUCAUUCUGACGUGCGCUUCGUCGAAUGGUACUGGAUGCUAUUACAUGUCGCCACUGCCUUCCGCAAACACCUCAACGACGCAACAGCAACUCAACGGUAGUGCCGGAAUCGCCUUCAACCAUGUGGACAUUGCUCCAACCUCAGCCAGUAGCGCCGCAAACCUACCCGAACCGAAUCCAACCACCAAAGUGACCACACCGGGAAUGCCCAGUUUCAAAGAAACGCUCUUCUUCCUGUACAACAUCCGGCUCCAGCACCACAGCAAAGACGAAGAAGACGACGGUUUCCAGCUGGACCGGUUUCCGUACAGCACGUUCCAGACCAACGACCACGGCGAACGGAUCUGCGGGUCGCACCUCUGCCCUGUUUGGGAUCGGAACAUCCUGAUCAACAGCAGUGCGAUCAAUUCGCUGGGCAUGCAAACCUACACGGGGACUCUGCCGCUGAUGGGACUGUACCUGAUCGGUGGGGUGAUUGCGCUGACCGUGACCGGUUUCACCACGCACAUCGAGCACAACGUAAAGUUCGAUUCGAUCCGAAAGAUGACCGAUACGAUGCUGUUUGCGGGACCGAUGGCGUACUUCAUCGGGACAGAGCAGGGGUACAUGCUGGCGGAUUUCAUGAAGGCUUUCGUAUCCUGCGAGCUCGGCCCGAACAGCGUCGCCGGCGCCAUGAUCGGAAUGGGCGUGAUGCAGCUGAUUGCGGCCUGCACCCUGAGCAUGCUCCUGCGCCACACCAAGCGGGUCGUCGUGAUAAUUGCCGGUUUCAUAUUCCACGCCUGCCUGCUGCUAGUUCUGCUCCGGUGGAAGCCCUCGCGCGACGACAGUGCCGUUCUGUACGUCAUUCCGGCGGCCUGGGGCGUCUGCAACGCGGUCUGGGAAACCCUCACCGGAGCGCUCGUAACCGUAAGCCACUCGACGAAGGUGGCCGAAGUGAUGUCCCCGUUGCAGGCGCUGCGAUUCCUUGGCCUCGGAAUCACCUUCGGCGUGCACGGAUUGCUCUGCGAGGCGCCCAAGAUCAUCAUUCUGGCCAUCCUGCUGGUCAUCUCGGUGAUUCCGUACACCAUGCUCGAACUGAAGCUCGAAAGCCAACGGAAAGCCGCCAAAGUGAACUUAUGACGAUUGUGUGCCCACGAUUACUAAUGUUUGGUCAAGUUGAAGUACUUCUAAGUGGGGGGAGGGUGCACAGUGCCCCACUUGGUGGUAUUUUUUCGACGGCACAUACUGGGAGAAAUCGUUUGCUCGCUCAGCACGCUAGGCAUGCACGCAAAACCCCUUUAUCAAGUAAAU